CGUGUGACCUGCACGUUCAAUUCAACGAUGCAGCUCAAUUUUCCUCCAAGGCUGCUGCGGUUUAUCCUCGGAUGCAUUAUCACUAGCGUUAUCCUGGUCGUAAGCAUUGCAUUAUUAAUCCCUUCGGGUCGUUUUGAUCCUGUCAACCCGCUGUCUUCAAAUUCGGAAAACAAGACAUGGUUCCCGCUGCUACAGCAGGAACCUUCAUGGUCUACCGAACAACUUGAGCCAAAAUUUGCGUAUGCACAGUAUGCUACAAACCUCGAUUAUUUAUGCAAUGCAGUCAUCAAUUUUUCUCUUCUCCGCAUGUACGGAGCCAGCCAUGAUUUGGUCUUGAUUUUCCCCAAGGAUUGGUCUGAAGGGACGUCCAAACAAGCAAAGGCCAUUGAUAGUAUUCGCAGAGAGCAUCCUCACAUUCAUCUACGGCCCAUGGACGUGAUUUCAACCUCAAAGGGCGACGCAACUUGGCGAGACAGCCUCACAAAGUUUCAGUCAUUCUCGCUUACCGAAUGGACCCGCAUUCUUGCCUUCGACUCUGACUCUCUGGUGUUAAAUACCAUGGAUUACUACUUUCUCAGCCCCAUGGCCUCUCUCGCCGUGCCGCGAGCGUACUGGCUUAAUGAGAAAGACACCGAUAUCGCCAAACAGGUCCUUGGCUCCCACGUAAUGCUCCUUGAGCCCAGCAAAGCUCGCUACGACAAGAUUAUCAAAGAGGCGUUGCAAUCCGGUGAAUUCGACAUGGAGGUUAUUAACCAUAUGUUCCGGGACUCAGCCAUGAUUCUUCCGCAUCGGCGUCUCGCGCUGCUCACGGGCGAGUUUCGUGCAAAAAAUCACUCCCAGUACUUGGCGCCUGAUGAAGACGAGGAGUGGAAUGCCAUGGCUGAGGUAUCGCGGGCAUCUCUUGUGCACUUUAGCGACUGGCCAUUGCCGAAACCAUGGAAACAUCGCACAGAGAAGCAGUGGAAAGAUGCACUUCCUGACUGCCCAAAGGAUGAGCCCAGCAGGGAUGACAGGCCUAAAUGCGCUGAUCGAGUUAUGUGGACUGGAUUCUAUGAGGAUUAUGAUCGUUUAAAGGAUCAGGAAUGUGGAAUUCUGUAUAAGUAAAGCAGAAGGUAUAGCCUAGUCUUGGUCUAUAUAUCUAUAAAAACGAAUUAGGAAAUAUUAUAAUAACUCCUUAAAGUUAA